CCGCUUGCUUUGUGUGCUCCUCCCCGUUUGUACGCGCAUGCGUUGUUGUGGUCAGAAGCCGUCAGGGAAAUCUUCGUUCUAGGGCCGGGUUCGCGUUGACUGUCCAGAGUCCGCGAACUGGUACCGCGCCGGUGAGUGAACCUCGGUGUGAAUAGUUCCCGGUUAUGUAAACUGUGCUUGCGAGUAUAGUUCCGCCAGUUUGUCGCUUGUAGGGUUUAUCGCAGUAAGGGCCUAUAGGUCGUGCAAAAGCUUGAGGAGCAAGAUGAGUGAAUGAGGGAAAGCCUAUAUUAAUACUGUAACGCUCGGGGAAAAGCGGCAUGGUAAUUACUAUACCGAUCCUUUUUAACCGGUGCAGUUAAUUUUGCUGGACAGUUUUACUACAAGAUAAUAUACAGCCAAUGACGUUUGCAGGUUUACAGCUAUUUAGAGAAGUGGGACCAGAUUUUCCUCCGCUGUCGGUGAUAAGUAGAGCAUACAAUUCCAUCCAUUCUCUCCAGUUUUUCUUUGAGGCACAAAAGGAAGAUCACAAUGUCCUUGCACCAGUUUUUACUUGAACCCAUUACUUGCCAUGCCUGGAAUAAGGAUCUCACACAGAUUGCAAUUAGUCCAAAUAACCAUGAAGUUCAUAUUUACAAGAACAGUGGAAACCAGUGGGUAAAAUGUCAUGAAUUAAAGGAACACAAUGGGCACAUCACAGGCAUUGACUGGGCUCCUAAAAGUGACCGUAUAGUAACGUGUGGUGCUGACCGUAAUGCAUAUGUUUGGAGUCAAAAAGAUGGUGUUUGGAAGCCAACAUUGGUGAUUCUCCGCAUUAACCGUGCAGCUACCUUUGUAAAAUGGUCUCCCCUCGAAAAUAAGUUUGCAGUGGGAAGUGGUGCAAGACUUAUAUCUGUGUGCUACUUUGAAUCUGAAAAUGACUGGUGGGUAAGCAAACACAUCAAGAAGCCAAUUCGUUCAACUGUGCUGAGCCUGGACUGGCAUCCCAACAAUGUUUUGCUGGCAGCUGGAUCCUGUGACUUCAAGACAAGGGUCUUCUCUGCAUAUAUUAAGGAAGUUGACGAAAAACCUGCAAGCACUCCAUGGGGAUCAAAAAUGCCUUUUGGUCAGAUGAUGGCAGAGUUUGGAGGAGUUAGUAGCGGAGGCUGGGUGCACAGUGUCAGUUUCUCAGCUAGUGGCAACAAACUUGCAUGGGUCAGUCAUGACAGCACUGUGUCAGUAGCUGAUGCUUCUAAAAACAUGAGUGUUUCCCAACUGAAGACAGAGUUUCUUCCUUUAUUAAGUGUCAUCUUUGUAUCGGAAAACAGCUUGAUAGCAGCGGGCCAUGAUUGCUGUCCAAUGCUGUUCACCUACGAUGAGCAAGGUUCCUUGACAUUUGUUUCCAAACUGGACAUUCCCAAGCAGAGCACUCAACGCAAUAUCUCUGCCAUGGAGCGCUUUCGCAACAUGGACAAGAGGGCUACCACAGAAGACCGUAAUACCACCCUGGAGACUCUUCAUCAGAACAGCAUCACCCAAGUGUCUAUCUAUGAUGGUGACAAGACUGAUUGUCGCAAGUUCUGUACUACAGGAAUUGAUGGAGCAAUGACUAUCUGGGAUUUUAAGACCCUGGAGUCAUACAUUCAAGGUCUCAGGAUUAUGUGAUGGGUAAAAUUGCCUUUCCUAGCAGGACAAAAAGACCUUGUGGGACCCAAUGCACUGAUUAAAUAUAACCGACAGCUGCCAGCAGAAAUCCUUCAAUGCCCAGCUGGGCCCAUGAGAAGUGGGAGAAGUUCAGUAAUAUUGUUAUGGCUACUUAAAGAUGGAGGCUGCAUGGGCUUAUGUUUUGGAACUGUUUAUAAUGUUUUCAGCUCCAAAUUCAACUAGGAUGUUUGGGUUUCUGUCUUGUAUGUACCGUUGUUAAUUUUUGAUGAAGAUCAAUGGAAUCAGUUGCACUUUUUGUUUUAAAUUUUUUUUUCUUCAUUUAAUUGCAUAAUUUACCAAAGCUGCUCUUAGUAGAUUCUGUGGGGAGCAUCUGUUACAAAGUAAAAGGGGAAUUUUAUGUAAAUUGUCUGCUAGGAAAUAAAAAAGCAAAAUACUCCGA